AUGAUUUUUUCUAAAAUUAAGAACAUCAAACAAAUCAUUAGAAAUGUUUGGUGUAAAGGCAAUAUUAGGUAUCAAUCGACGCAAAAACCAGCUCCUGGUGCAGUCAUGCUGUCGCAUAAUACUCUGGAACCGAGAAGUUUGACGGAACCUCUUGGACCACCUUUGUUAAUCCUGCACGGACUGAUGGGUUCUAAGCAGAACUGGAGGCAAAUUUCUAAGCAGAUUCAUAAUGGGAUGAAUCAUGCCAGAAAGAUCAUCCUUCUGGACAACAGAAAUCAUGGUAUGUCGCCUAGAACAACUCAUCACAGUCAAAAGUUGAUGGUAGAAGAUGUCUAUCAGAUGAUUAGGAUAUUGCAAUUGAAUAAACCUGUGUUAUUAGGUCACAGUUUAGGAGGAAGCACCAUGAUGUUCUUAGCUCUACUAUAUCCGGAAUUGGUGUCUGGUUUGAUCGUGGUUGAAAUUUCACCACGAACUCACAUCUUACCUCAAAGACUGAUGCACCAGAUUUUACCAAUUCUAAAAAAUUCUAAACUUGAGGCGACCGAGAAAAAUCUGCAGAAGGUCAAACGGAGAGUUUAUGAAGAGUUGGCCAGCAAAAUAAAAGACAAACCGACUCUGGAUUUUCUGAUGCAGAAUUUAUAUAAAGAUGAUGAUGGGAAAAUUAAAUGGAGAUUAAAUUUAGAAACUCUUGGACAAUCAAAGGUUGAAAAGUUUCCACAUAAAGCCUUUCAAUUGCAAUAUCCAGGUCCUUGCUUGUUUCUAGGUGGGCAGAGAUCGGAAUUUUUGAAAGAAUCGGACUUACCUGAUAUCAGAAAAAUGUUUCCUCGGGCGGAAAUGCAGAUCUUACAGAGCGCCAGUCAUUUGCUUCUGGUCGAAAAUCCGAAAGAAUUCGUGAAUGUCAUUACACAAUUUCUGAACGAAACUUUGAGUAAUUAA